GCGGCGGAGGCGCUGGGCUUUCAUCCGCGGAGCGGCGGGAGCGGGACGCUUCGCGGCGGUCGUCUCCGACGGUCGCGCGUGAGUCGGCAGCAGCCUCGGCCCCGUUCAGCCUCUGAGUCCGUGUCAGCGGCGGUCCUUGACGCAGCGGGAGGAUGGUGGUCCGCGUGUUCGUCGCCUCGUCCUCGGGCUUCGUGGCGAUCAAGAAGAAGCAGCAGGAUGUGGUUAGAUUUCUGGAAGCCAACAAGAUAGAGUUCGAGGAGGUGGACAUCACCAUGUCGGAAGAACAGAGGCAGUGGAUGUACAAAAACAUCCCCCCUGAGAAGAAGCCUGUGCAGGGCAACCCUCUGCCACCUCAGAUAUUUAAUGGGGACCGAUACUGUGGAGACUAUGACAGUUUUUUUGAGUCGAAGGAGAGCAACACAGUCUUUUCGUUCUUAGGUCUGAAGCCACGGCCCACAUCCACGUCCACGACUGAACCUUAGAGCUAAAGAGUAGAAGGUGAUGGAGUUGCAUUUUGGAGCACCCCUGGUACUGAGCACACACCUGCUUACCUGAUGCAUCACUGUGAUGAAGCCACAUGCACAAUCAGUAACUUCGCUUGACCUGGAAAAGGUGUUUUUGGAGGACACAGGAACAUGGGGGACUGCAUGAUUGUUCUAAGCCAAUCAGGACGAUGGUGAUGGAUUCUCGUACUUUCUGAUUUGUCUGCAGUCGCCCCACUCACCUGAAAGUACUAUCACCUGUGCUAGGUCUGCUUCCUUAAUGACUGAUAGACAAUUGGGAGAAAACGUUGGGCCCAUCCUGAGUCUUAUUAGAUGCUAGUAUUAUAACCCCAAUCCCCUCUGAGCUGCCUGCAUCACUUCCUUGAAACCAGUUUGCCAGCACAGUAUCAUCUUUGAAUCGGAAAGAAGAAAGCAGUGCUGGCUGACAAAGGACACCGAGGGUUCUUGCUGCAGAAUCACAAAAUGUCACUACUUUGGUACUUUGUAAUAACACCUGCUGGAAAAGUUAGAUGCUCUCAGCAACUUUCUGUGAAAACCCUCACCGCUGUACAUUCUCCAGGCUUUUACGGGUGCUUCCAAAACCACCAUUGCAAUAUGGGAUGAUCACAACCAAGUUACAGGGCAGAAAAGAAUGGCUGUUCUGGAAAAUGUCUCCUCUUUUAUCUCCUGCAAGGGGGCAAGUUCACUCUAUGCUUAAGACUACUUGAGAUGUAUUUUAAGAAGUGCACUACGUAGAUAGUAAGCUAAUGGAAAGUUGCUCUGUCAGGAUGCGAAGGCAUUUUUCAGCUCUUGCAGUUUACUCACACACACAUGCGCAUAUAUGUUUAAACGCAGCUCCCCAAAGUAACGGCUGCCUGUUCUAUUUUGUGAAGGGAUUAUAUUUUUGAAGAAAGGAAAUGCUUGGUUAGGUAUAUUUUGUGAAUCCGUGAUGCCAGCACUGCUGGGGCUGGGGCUCAAUGGUAGAACGUUUGCAUGGCUCGCACAGGGCUCUCUCUGCGCUCAGCCCCAGCACCACUGGAAAGGAAAAAAAGACGCAAAGAUUGCUGUGUAGUGUGAUUUCCCACGUUACUUACUGUAGUCUCUCUACUCCCUUUGUUCAUAUUUCAGACUAAUUCACAGUCUCCAGCUUUCCAGAAUAGCACAGCCAUGUGUUCUUGCCUGGUGUAUGAGCACAAGUGAGAUUUCAGAGCAGCAUAGACAAGAAUGGGGCUGUCUAGAGCACGAUCCUGACUGGUUCUUAGGAAGCAAAGUCCCUACUCCCUUUGGGUGGACAUUGGUGAACACUGAACAUUUUUAUUUCAUCAGAGCAGAGAUAGCUUUUCUAUAUCCGGCAUAUUUUAGAGUUACUUGCCAAACAUAUGGAUAGCCUGGAGUGGAUAAACUCAGGCUGACUGAAAUCUCCACCUAUCCCUAGCAGCAGGAUGCUGGACCUUUCACUCUGAUACUGAGAAAGGAAUGUUUGAGAAAUUGAAAGAGUAAAUAAGUGGCUGUCCCUCCACCUCUACCUAAAGCUUCACUAAUGGUGGCCAGUUCUGCAGCAUUUUUUGGACACUAAAACAGAUCUCAGCCUGAGAUUUGCAGUCCUGUUACAACCAGAAGAAAGGACACCUUUCUUCAUGAAUGGACCAAAUGAUUGAUGCACAGUUUUCCCUCUAGGGAAAGCUUGUCAAGUCAUGGAUAUUAGUAGGUAGUUUAGUAUUAAACAAGAUCCAAAGCAAAUUCCAUUUGACAAAUCCCAGGGACUUCCCAGGAUUUUUUUUUUCCUCUUCUAACUGGAUACUGUGCUUGAGUUUGAGUCUUCCUUCAAGACAUGUUUCUACUUAAAAUAGAGCAAUUUAAAAAGUUGCAGUUUAAAAAGAAACCAUAUGAGCUUACAUUGAUCAAGUCUGCUCUUGCCAAUGAGGGCUAAGAACCAGUUUGGCAAAGUGACAUCUUAGCAUGUUUUUGAUUGUAGGUACAACAAUCCUACAAUGCUGAGGAGACAGAGAAAGCUAUCAGAAUUUGUUAUACAACUUUUUAGUUGUCCAUACUGUUAAACACGCUGACUAGAUGGUGUUCUUAGAAUUACCAUUAAUUAACAUAUGCAAUAUGUUACCAUUGCAUAUCAUUUUCUUGCCAUUAUUCUUCUGCGAGCAUUGGGAAGUCAGCAGAGAAAAAUGAGAUUACUGAUAGUGACCUACUUCAGUGGCUAGAAGCCACAGUUUAUGCAGUCAACUAAAGUUCCCAGGCAGUGGUGUGUGCAGAGCAUGUUGGGUCUCGUAUAGUUACCCAUCUGACUUCUGACUGACUUCUCUCCUUCCUGUCUUCCUUUCCUUCUUUCUGCUUGUUGUUUGAGACAGUCUUGCUAUGUAGACCUGGAACUCAUGCCUGCUUCUUCCUUCCAAGUGCUAAAAGUACAUACUUGCUGAAAUAGUGUUCUUCUUAUUCCCUUUGAUUAGCUUACCUUUAGAUUUAGUCACCACCAUCUUCAAAGCCUAGGAAAGAAGUGCAGGCAUGGCUGUAUUGCCAGUGGCUUUCAAGGCAGAGUGCUGACAUCCUGUAGGCUUGUAGGACGAAGAAAAUGUGCCACUGAUGACCAAAUGGUGCCAUUUUAACAUUAGGUGAACAUGAAAUGCCAUAUUGCUAGGUGUCUGCAGACCAGAAGAAAAUUUAGUUCAGGAAAUACUUUGCCAAAUUGUAGGGUUUAUUAAAAUCAAAGAGAAGAAGAAGCUAUUUUGCCCUUAGUUGCUAAUAUAUUUUAGUUUUUCCAUUUUAUAAAGUUAAUCCAACAUUUGCAUUUUUAUAUGGUGUGAAUUUAGCCACCUAAAUAUUUUAUUUGUUAUUGAAAGGUACCAAAGGCUUUUUAUGUUUUGUUUGGUUUGUUUGAUUUUAUUUUGUUUGAUUUAUGGGGUUUGUUUUUUCUAGAGAUACCUUUUAUAGAGAAUUACCCAUGACUGUCUGGGUCACUUCAGUCUGUGCAAUUGUUUUGAUCUCAGUUUGUUUGUGUUUGUCUCUCAAGGCAUUGGUGAAAUCUUAGACUUUAUGUUCUACAUUAAAGGAGAAUAAAUUCCAGAAAACAUGCAAUAUGAAA